AUGUACUUACGACAGAUUCCUCGUAGUUUGAGGCCAUUUCAACCUCUUGGAAGGCUGGUCGUGGGAGAAUCAGCCGGCAUCAGCCAUGGUCAAUUAGCAUUCAAGUCACAACAAACACAGCAAGUACGUACUCUUGUGUACACGAAAGACGGUGUAGUAAGAGCCCGGGGUCUCAAAAAGAACGAAGAAGAGUACUUGACAGUCAAUGGGGUGACAUAUCCCGGUAACGAAGACACACUCAAGGAUGCCAAAACCUUUCUUGGCGAAGAAUAUUCCCUACCAGAUCCCGUUAUUCUACAAACCAUUACACAUAAAAGUUUUGCCCACGGAAAAAAGCCAUAUAAUGAGAAACUGGCUAUUUUAGGCAAGGAAUUUUUAAGGUUACAAGCCAGUCACUACGCAGUAUCUCAAACCAACGACAAUCCACAUGCCAUUAAUAAACACAACUUCGACAUAUCUCCACAACCAAUUGAAGUGCUGUCGAGCUCAGUGGCUCUUCACGAAGUGUGCAAAAAAACCGGCAUUCACAAAAAUAUCUUCUGGAAGAAGAGGAUCUCCGAGAACACCAGUACGGGCCAGGAACUCGACGCCAAGUUCACUGGAGAACAGUCUGUGUUUGCCCGCUCCAUCCAUGCAUUGAUUGGCGCCAUUCUCCUUCGCCAUGGCGAGCCCAAGGCCAGAAAAUUUAUCUCUGAGAAGCUGCUUAGCGGUCCAUACUCGUUGAUAUCGGUCUCGGAAAAAGUUUAUGCCCCUCGUCCUUAG